UAUACUUAGAUGACUUGUUAUUCCCUGUUGCCUAUUGUGUUUAAACCUUUAUGCUAUGUUUAUGCAGCUCAUGUCAUUUUGUGUAUGAUGGCCCUAUCCACACAACUUGCAUAGCUGUAUAAAUAUAUGCAUAAAAAAAAUUAUCCAAUCGCAUUUCUCCUAUAUAGACGCACGUAAAAUGCGAUUGGAUAAUUUUUUUAUAUAUAGAUAAUCCUUAAUCGCGACAUUCGGUGACAUCCAUAGAAAGAGACGGUCGAGAUUUUGAGAGAGACGCUUGCAAACUGAGCACACCAUUGGCCUAGUUUCCACUGGAAACCGGAUCAGAAUGUAAGAACCAAUCAACUACACUCGAGUAUUCUCCUGUUACAGUCGAACGACAGAGGAAUACUCGACUGUAGUUGGUUCUUACAUUCUGAUCCGGAUUAAACCCUCGGUGGAAACUAAGCUCAUGAUUCUUACUUGUAUCACGGAAAAGCAUGCAACGGGCGUGAAUCUAUUGUAACAAUAAAAAUCGAUAUUGAUUGAAAAAUUGUGAAUUUGUUAUCUCGCGAAAAUGAAUGAGAAUUUGCUAAGACGAAUAAAAAACCAAUUAAACGCAAAAUUUUAUGUGAUGAAUGACGCGUGGCUAAAAGAUUGCGUCGAAUUCUUUAUUAGGGACAAAGUUUCUCAUGAAAUAACAGAUAAGCAUAUUUUCGAAUUUGUAGAGGGCCAAUGGCAACUGAGUGAUCUGCGGGAGAUUAACAAUGAAAAUGGAUGUUUGCCAAGGAAUCUGGCUCAGCAGACACACAUUGUAUUAACUGGUACCUACAUCCUCCAGGUAGACAAGAUGUACGAUAUAGCGAGCUCCAAAUAUAAGCAGCUUUGUGAAAUUCGUAAAAUCGACAACCAGAACUUGGAAGUAAAGGAAGAAGAGCAGCCGAUGGAGUGGCAACCCAAAGGUAGAAGAAUGAUGCAACUUUGUUUAACUGAUGGAGUACAAGAUGUCACUGCGAUAGAGUAUACUUCACUUAAACAAAUAACUGAUAUAUUACUUCCUGGCUAUAAGGUAAUGAUAAUUGGCCCAAUCCACUGCAGACGUGGUGUUAUUCUCCUAGAAGAUGGCAAGUACAAGGAAGUUGGUGGAGAAGUGGAAACUUUGUUGAAAUCUAACGCACUAGAAAAUGUCUUGGCAAGAGCUUUAGGAGAACCUGAAAACCCCGAUCCAUAUAAUGAUAAUGGAUUAUCCAGAAUCAUGAAUCAGAAUGUUCAAAACACAGCAUCUAAUUCUAAUAACAAUGACAGUUUUUUCGAUGAUGGCUUUGAAGAAGCUGUUGACUUGGAAGCAGUGACAACAAUUGAACAACGAAGCCAGGAAAUUAAUGCUAUUCAAGAAAACUUUAGAAAUACGUAUGAUCACAAACAAGUAGAUAGGAAAGAAACGAAUGAAAUUAUGCAAACCUUGGAAGAUAUAGACUUUGAACCCAUAGAAGAUUGGUUCAAUGAUUUCCCAACAAGAUCUUCACGGAUAUCGCCGUCACAAAUGGAGACUAAGAAAGUUGCUAAGGAUGAUAGAACGACGGUUGAACAAACAACUUCUGUACUCAAUUUUCACAGCAAGUUAUCGCUUUCUACGAAAUCUAUUCAGAAUCAAAAUUUUUCAGAAUUUCCUGAUGACGAUUUAGACUUAGAUGAUUGUGACAUCAUAAUUAAGACAAAGGAAUCACAGAGUCAACAAGGUGAAAAUCCUUUAAUGAAUAAAACUAAAACAUGUCUCUCGUUAAAACCGUCUACGAAAUUGACAAAUCGUAAUGCUCCAAAAGAAAUUAAAAAAAGUACAUCCAUGAAAGUGGCACAAAACGAAAAAUCAGUGGUAAACACUUCGAGAGUACAGCAAGUACCAGAGACUAAAACUAUUUCUGAUUUCAUCAAGCCUCAACCAGCUUCCAAAAUCUGCGAUGUCUUGCGCGAUGUCUUACGCGAGCCUAUUACGGAAAAAACAUAUAAGACAGUGAGAGGUCAGGUGAAGAACCAUUCGACGUUAACGAAACAGGGUAAAUGCUGGUCGGUAACAGCACUGAUCACGGAUUACACUUCCAGUGUAGAAGUUUGUUUCGAUUCUGAAAUUCUGGAGGGUUUUCUCGGAUUCACCGUACAAGAAUUUGUGCAGAAAAAGAAACUUGCCAAGAUAGAUCCUCAAGUAAAUAGCGAACUACGAUUGAGUCUACGCAAAGCACAACAUGAUAUUCAGAAUUUGGAUGCUUUGUUGAAAUUGGAAUUGGUUCAAGAUCAAAUGCCCAAAAUCGUUGGUAUCACGCAAUUGACUACACAACAAAAGGAAGAUCUUACGAAAAGAUCUGCAUGAAAUAUGUAAGUUGCGAGAGAUACUUGAUAAUUUUUCAGAAUUUAAAAAUAAUUGAUAAACAUAAUGCUGCAGUCAGAAUUAUAAAUAAUA